UUGGAAUAUUGGGAAUUCUUGUUUUUAGUCUACACUAAACCCGACAGAGCAACGGACGUGAGGGAUCUCAAUACGACGACGAACAAAAGUCUCGUCUCGCGUCGGCAAAACUGAACGUAACGAAAUCUGAGACUUAACGAAGCCUCAAGCCAGAGCCAGAGCCAGAGCCAAUUUGAAUUUGAAUUGUUUACGAAAAUACGAAGAAUAUAAUGGCUUUGCUGUCCAUUGUUGUUGGGUAAAACUGGUAGCAGCAGGCUGUGCAAAAAUGGUGAAGAUCGUUGAUGGUCUCCCCGAGAUCAGCGCUCACGCCCAUCAUCACCAUACGCCCACGCUUGCGCAUCAUCAUCCGCUCUCGCAUCCGCUCUCGCAUCCCCUCGCGCAUCAUUCGCAUCCACAUCCCGUCGGCAUUAAUCUCACGAAUCUGAUGAAAAUGGCCAGAACGCCGCAUCUAAAGUCGAGCUUUUCGAUCAACGCCAUACUGCCGGAGACCCUGGAGCAUCACGACGAUGAGGAGGAGGACAAAGCCGAAGAGAAUCACAAUCAAUCGAAGUUUCUGCCCAACCACAAUAACAACAAUCCCGUGGCCACGCCUUGGGGCAAUGAGGAACACGAUCAGGACCACGAUCAUGAGCCCGAAAGCGAUGUGGAGUCCGAUCUGGAUGUGACGUCGAUGUCGCCGGCCCCGGCUGUCACCCACAACGAGAGCGAUGUGGAUGAGGUGGACGACGACGACGUGGACGAGGACGUGGACUGUGAUGCCGAUGGGGACGGCGAGACCACUGACGGCGACGCGGAGACCAAGUCCGCCGAUGGCAAGCCCGUGAAGGAUAAGAAGGGCAACGAGAAGCCCCCCUACAGCUACAAUGCCCUGAUCAUGAUGGCCAUUCGCCAGAGCCAGGAGAAGCGGCUGACCCUCAACGGGAUCUACGAGUACAUCAUGACGAACCAUCCCUACUACCGGGACAACAAGCAGGGCUGGCAGAACUCCAUCCGGCACAACCUCAGCCUCAACAAGUGCUUCGUGAAGGUGCCCCGGCACUACGACGAUCCCGGGAAGGGCAACUACUGGAUGCUCGACCCCUCGGCGGAGGAUGUCUUCAUCGGGGGAUCCACUGGCAAGCUGAGGCGGCGCACCACGGCCGCCUCGCGCUCCCGCCUGGCGGCCUUCAAGCGAUCGCUGAUUGGACCCAUGUUCCCCAGUCUGGCGGCCUAUCCCCAGUUCGGACAGUUCCUCACGUAUCCCCCGUCGGCGCCCAGUCUCCUGGCCAGCAUGUACCAGCGCUACAAUCCCUUUGCGCCAAAGAGCGGACCCGGCGGACUGCCCGGCAUGCCGCCGCCUCCGCCCGGACCAGGACCUGGUCAGGGGCUGCCGCCGCCUCCGUUUGGAGUGCCUCCGACCGGCAACGAGCUCUACCAGCGACUCCAGUACCAACAGCUGUUGCAUCAACAUGCGGCGGCCGCCGCUCUGGCGGCACAUCAAAGACAGCUCUCCGCGGCGGCGGCGGCGGCGACAGCACCGCAGCCGCAUAUGACACAUCUGGGGCAGCCGCCCUCGUCGCCCAGCCACCUCCACGGUGGCGGCGGCGGCAGCAACGGAGGAGGCGACUCGCCAGGUCCCUCACCGCAGCCGCUGCUCAAUCCGGUCACCGUCGUCUCGCGCAACAGCUGAAGGGGCAAGCAAGGGGCACCAAAAAUCGCUCUUGGACUCGUGAUCUGGAGUUGGUUUAGUUUAAGUAAUGAUUGUACAUAGAAAUAGCCGCGACUGAGGCGCUAGACGCUUGUAUAUAGAGAAACCAGGAGGGGUGGAGCAGGUAUUCGGUUGCCUUUGCAGAGUUGGAGACGAGCAGGGAUGUGGUAAGGAUAUGUGGGUGGAAGAGAGGCAGCUAAGAAGUUAUCAGAACUUUCUGUGUGAACCAUAGACGAAGAUCUCAAUAGGUCUUAAUUUUUAUUAGCCCA